AUACUGUCACAACCAUAGGCUGUUGAAAUAAAUUCAAAAUGGUUAUGAAAACGUGUUGUUUCUACUUUCAACUUCAGAGGGGAGUGUUCUUCAUAGGCUGUUUCUACAUAGGAGUUGAUAUCUUCCGCCUGUGCUUUCACUUGAUGGUCCUCUAUUUUCCAUUCGAUUUUGUCCAUGCCUGGUACAUCCCCCAACGCAUUAGACGCCGCAGAAGUGAAGUGGUCUUCGAGCGCUACGAGGACGAUGUCCAACAAUUGGUCUCCACGACCCUCUACCGCAAUCCCGCCCAAAUAAUAAUCAUCCUUUGUCUAGAUCUUGUUACAGACUGCUUCAUUAUUAUUGGAACCAAGCACUUUAAUUUGGGAGUGAUGGCUGUGGGAGUCUGGCUGCUGAAGGCGGUCUUCGUGUGUGUAGUCUAUGCAGUGGUGGUCCUGGCACUGGCCUUUGUCUAUAUGCGUUGGAUUCUGGUGAUGGUGUUCUUUUGUGUCCUGGUAAUGGAAGUCUAUUUCGUGGUGGUUGUGGCCGCCAAAUUCGAAUACUUGCGUCGAAAAAAGUAUCGAAACGAGGGAAGCAAUGAGUACGAGGAUGUGGACGAGACCAUCGUUUAGGCCCUAAACCCUUACCGUACAAGCCAUUAAAGAUAACCAGUAGCCAGGAAUGCCUUUAGACUAUCGAUGUAUCCCUUUUUGCAAUUAACAUUUGUGGAACACACGUAAUUACAAGAUUACGAUAAGUGAUAAACGUGUGCCAGGAGGAUUAAAAAGCUGGUCGGACGAGUCUCCACAGUCAGUUGCAUAUUUGCUGGCUCUACACCGGGAGAAAAAUAAUUAAGAAGUAGCUUAAAAAUGAGUAUAUUUUGUAAUAUUCAUUUUCCUGUGCAUCCAUAACAGCCAUCUGGCAUAUCAGAGGUCAGUGCCAGGUCAGAUUGCUAUGACGAUGAUGAUGAUGAUGAUGUUGCCCCUGCAUGUUGCAAACAGGCAGGCACAAUACCACACUGACCACACCACAACAUUAUUGUUUAAAUUGCAAAGUGAUACAUCUGUGUCGAGUAGAGUGCGAUGGUUUGUUGCCUUUGGUUUUAGCCGUUUGCAUAGGGAAUGUGUGGCUCCGGUUCCCCGAAUGAUUGGGUUAGUUAAAGCCCAAUUGUGUUUGCGAUGCAUUUGGGUGUUUGGUUGGCCAGUUGUAACUUUAAUGGGUGAUGGGUCACUGAGAGUUUAACAGCGACAAUGGAAUAAAGUGUACUAUGACUCUUU